GUCUAUGGUGAAAAACAUGAACAUGAGCGUGAACGCAAAUUAACAAGCCAUUAUAAAAUGAAGAAAAGUUCCGCUGUCUGGCGAAUUCGCCUCACCUGUUUUCCGGAUGAUUAAUUAAACUCGUUAAAGACUCCGAGAAGCUCGAGAUGCUGAUGAUCAGAUCCACAGCAGCGAUGGAGACACACGGGCCCGGAUUCUUCCAGACUCUCCUGUGUGUGGUGUGUGUGUGCGUGUGUGUUUGCUGCGGUGGGGUCCUGGUGUGUCAUUACUGCCCCCUACAGGCCAGAGGCCGCUGCAGGAACAUCAUCACCGAGUGCGUGCCGCGCGAGCACUGCUUCACCGGCUGGCGUCACUACGGUCCGGUGCUCGUGCUCGCCGGCCAGGGCUGCGCGUCCCCGGAGCUGUGCGGGUCCAACCACACACACACACUCAUGGGUGUCGAGUAUCAGAUCAGCUACACGUGCUGCGCUCGCGACCUGUGCAAUGAAGAUCGUGAACAGGGGAACCGUCUCCGGGAGCGGAUCGCGGUUACCGGAAGUUACCGUCAUACCGCAUUGGAGCGGGUGACACGAGCCAAUGUCGCGCGCACAUGAUGGCUUGUAUUAAUACUUUUAUGAUUUGAUUAGUAAAGCUGAACGGACUGCUAUUACCAGCGGGUUUACGGUCAGAGAACUGAUGAACCUGCGACGGGUAAAGCAUGUUUGAGUCCUCGUGUUACUGUGGUUCAGGGAGAUGCUGAAACUACACCGUUAUGUGGGAGAUUAUUUUGGAAUAAAGAUUAUUUUGUAAUAUA